AUGCGCGUGCGCGCCCCUCGCACACGCGUCUCUGCCCCGGGAACCUCCCUGGAGAUGAAGACGCCCGUGUCCCCCCCUCAGUCGGAGUGUAACCCGGUGGGGGCUCUGCAGGUGGGCAGCGGCACCUCGAAGAAGCUGGCCAAGCGCAACGCGGCCGCCAAGAUGCUGGUGCGGAUCCACAACGUGCCCAUGGAGCCGCGGGAGGGCAGCGAGGCUGAGGUGGAGGAGGACCAGUUCUCCAUGGCGGGCCCCAGGCUGGAGGGGCUGCGGGGCCGGGCGCCCGGCUGCACCUGGGACUCCCUGCGCAACUCGGCGGGCGAGAAGAUCGUGCAGCUGCGGAGUCACCCACUGGCACCCCUGGGUGCCGGGGCCCGCGCCCUCCUGCCGGAAGACACACCCCCGGCCGGCGUGGUAAGAGCCAAAAUGUUGGUCUACAUGCAAACUCUCUACAGAAACAGCUUUACAAACAUGAGAGACGGGUCGGGAGGGCUCCUGCAGGAUUUGAACCAGAAGUGCCAACUGCUGCGUCCAGAAGUGACUCUGAUUACCCAGGACGAGGUGACUCUCAAGAUGAGCGACAGAAACCAGAAGAGCGCGAGAGCGCAGCAGCGUGCUAAGACAAUUAAACCCAAGAAACACCUCUGUCAGUGUGGCCGAGAGGUCUAG